AGGAUGGGACUCGUUCCAGUCCGAGACAAGAGCAUGCACCGGCAUUGACACGCUCUGAUCCCACCUUCGCAAGAAGGCAGCGGACGAAGGGGCCAGACCUGUUGAGCCAGUCGUGGCAGGAGCUUGCCUCAGUGGCGGGGGAGGAAGAUGGGGAGGGGAAACAUGAGCGUUCUAGCUGUGGACGUCUUGAUUGAUCCAAGACUGCGGACGAAGGAUCUUGAGACAGUCUCCAAGAGCGCGAGCUGGGCCCGCAGGAGCAACGUGGGGACCCGAUACUUUUCUAAGUCGCUCUGCUUGACCCCGAAACGAUCCCGUGUUGGCAAGCAGAGCUCCAACAAGUCCCCAGCAGAUGUCACGGAGGCCGCAAAGUUCUUCGACACGAGCCGGGGUGAGAGCCGGGGUGGUAGUGCUCGUAUCUCAAUGAUGAGGGCAGGGAGUACGAGGGAGGCUAAAAGUCGGAGGUCGACUUCUCGGCUGGACGACGAGCCACGUCCCGGAUCAACGGUGACUGACUGAAGGAUAAAACCUCUUCUCUUACCUCUUUC